UGCAUUUAUGAAAAGCCAACUAGAUCCAAUACAAUGAAAAUUCCAUACUGAAAGAGCCAAAUGAGAGCUACCACACUGCAAAACUACCAACAAUGAAGAACUUUUUCGGUUGAAGUUUUUCUUCAUCAUAGAUUCUAUAUUAGCUUCCUGCAUUCAAUUUAAAGUCUAUAUAUAUUACCCCAUCUCCUUACCUUUUCUUCUCAGAUUAACUGUUUAUUUCAGAAUAUACAUACAUAAACAAUCAUAUAUGGAGCAGUACAGGCAGUAUAAUUUGAUGCAGAUGAAGAGAAAACAUCUUAUGAAUUCAAUAAGAAGUUCAUGGGAGGAAGAAGCUUUUGCAGAAGACUCCAUGGGUCCUCUUGGAGGAUUCAUAUGGCCUCCAAGAAGUUAUUCAUGCAGCUUUUGUAAUAGAGAAUUCAGGUCUGCACAAGCACUUGGUGGCCAUAUGAAUGUCCACAGGCGAGAUAGAGCUAAACUUCAACAUCAGCAAUCUCCUGAUCCGAAAAACGAAGUUCUUCAGCUUGAAAAUCAUAGUCUAAAUCUUCCUAAUGAUAAUCAUCAAUAUGAAGCUUACAAAUAUGGUAACAAAACUAGUUUUUCAUCCAUGUUUCAUCAAGAAAAUUCAUUUGAUCAUAAUUACUUGCACGUUUCUCCGGCUUCAUCUUCACGGCCAAAAACUGCACCAGAGGAGCAUACGAGGAAAGGAAAACCUAUGUUAGAGUACGAUGAUGAGAUGAAUAGCUGCAGCAGUAAAAGACCUAAAAAAAAUGGAGUCCCAUCACUGCAAAUAUUUCAGAAUCUGUGUUCAAGUGAUGGAUUCACAAAUUUACAGAAAACCAGCUCCAUGGAUGACAUUGAUCUUGAGCUCAGGUUAGGAGAUCCUCCAGCAGUGAAGUAGAUUUACCUUCAACAAAAUUUAUCUUUUGGUUGAUAAUUAGUAGAAAAAUCUGUAGGAUACUUGGUAACUUCAACUUAUGAAUUAAUCAGAAUGUUAGAAAUUUCCAUUAUCAAU